CACAACCUUCUGCUACACCACAGCCAGAGAGGAGGGAAGAUUCAAGCCUUAACCAAAGCGUGCAAAUCAGCUAAAGACAACAGAACACUUUUCAGACUGCAGAUAUUUUUGAUUCUGCUCUACUUAACAGGAAGAUGGCCAAUCUGUCAGAGAGACCUCUUUUUGUCUUCUUCUUUACAGCACAGGUGUUUACACUUGUCUGGUCCCAGGUGUGUCCUCGGAGAUGCCAGUGCCCUAAGGAGCCCCCCAUGUGUCUUCCUGGAGUGCCCCUGAUCCUGGAUGACUGCGUCUGCUGCCUGGUGUGUGCCCGUCAGAAAGGGCAGGUCUGCUCUGAAAUGAACCCCUGUGACACGCGUAAAGGACUGCAGUGUGACUAUGCAGGCGACGUCCACAAGAGGACUGGCAUCUGUGCCACUCAUGGGGGAGAUGUAUGCAUUUUGGAUGGUUCUGUAUAUCAGAACGGCCAGACCUUCUUCCCCAGCUGUAAGUACCAGUGCGUGUGCCGCGAUGGGCAGAUCGCCUGUGUGCCGCGCUGCAACAUGGACGUGAUGCUGCCUGGCCCGGACUGCCCCAUGCCACGCAGGGUCCAGGUGCCUGGAGAGUGCUGCGAGAAGUGGGUCUGUGACCCCCAGGCCGAAGCUAGCGCACUGGGAGGUUUUGCAAUGGCAGCCUAUCGUCAGGAGGAGACAGUGAGCUUUGACGGUUGGGACCCCAGCCUGAACUGCAUUGAGCAGACCACAGAGUGGGGUGCCUGCUCUCAAACCUGCGGCAUGGGGGUGUCCACCAGGGUCACCAAUAAGAACCGUCGGUGUGAGAUGGUGAAGCAGAGCCGUCUUUGUAUGAUCAGACCCUGUGACGACCUGCAGGACCAGAUGCUACUGACACAGCUUGCACCAAAGAGAGGCAGUAAGUGCCAGAGGAUGGUGAGGAGUAACACAGCCAUCCACCUCUCCUACAAGAACUGCACCACCGUCCAGGCCUACAAGCCUCGCUACUGUGGCUCCUGCACAGACGGCCGCUGCUGUACCCCCCACAGAACCAAGACCACCCUGGUGGAGUUCCAGUGUGCCAACGGAAAAACCACCAGGAGGCCGGUCAUGGUGAUCCUGACCUGUGCCUGCCACAGCCACUGCCCCCAAGACAAUGCGGUGUGGCAGCCAUCAGAGGUGGGAUACAGCGGCAUGAGGUUAUAGGUCAUACUGUAAGAUGAUAAUGAACAGCAAGUCAAGAUUGUAGCUGAUGAGUGUGUCUGUUAAUCCAGGAAUUCCUUUAAAUUGGGUUGAAGGACAAUAGCAUUGUCUUUAGAAUAAAACAUGAGUUGCAUUAACUCUAAAUUUUAGAUUAAAACAAGACCGUUCACAAUAUGAUAUAUACAGUGCAAUAGUCAUAAAACUGUACAAUCUAAAGGCUUAAACCUUGCAACAUAUCCACAGUGAAAAUAAGAUUAUAUAUCUUAUUGUGGUCAGAAUCAGACUUGUAUUCAAAAAGUGAGAAUUCUCUUUUGAGGUUGAGAUUGUAGGGAAUUAAGAAUCUCUGUGUCUCUCCGUCCUGGAGAGGGGUUUAAUUGUGUAACAUCCUGUAGACAGAUAAGUGUCAUCGUCACUAUUGUUCAGUAGAAUCAAAGCACUUAAACCUUGUGAUAUGUUGGUUCUCUCUGGUGAUCAGGUAGAGUAUGGUACCAACCAUUCACAACAGACUUGGGUUGGACAAUUGUUUGUAGGUGCUCUGACUUACUUCAAGGAGAUUGUGACGGUUUAUUUGAAACAGCUUCAAUUCAAGAGGUCAAAUAGUGUUAUUGGUGGUGCAGACACACAGGUCGGCCGCUUUUAGACAAAGAACAUGAAACCACGGUGUGUUUUUUUCAGCAUAAAUUAUAAGAAGGAAAGCUUCAGCAAUGUAAUGGUACAAGUAGCCUCAAGUAUGUCCCUUUUUAGAACAAAUUAAAUCAACUACUGUACUAUGUCACUUAAACAUAUUAAUAAAAAAAGAAAUAACUGUUAUCCCAUUAUUUCCAUUGAUAAAAUAGUAAGAAGGAAGAGGAAAAUGAAGAAUUACCUUUUACUGCCACUGCUGUGGACAUUUUAUUAACUAUGGGACACAUUUUUGAAAUAACUGGACUGUGUACUUUGACCUAGUCCAAACCAAGGGCUCAACCUAUGGACUUGAAAGGUGUAUGGUGACUUGGUGUCAUUUCUAACAUCUGCAUGAAAUCUUGUAAAAUGCACGUCUAUGUUACCAUCAAUAAAUGCAAAUGUAUGUUUUUCUAGGUUUAGAUGGAAUAUUAUAUUAGUUUGUUUUUUGUUAAAAGUAGUGCACAUAAACAACAGCUAUUUUUUACUAUGACAAAAGUUUUGUAAAUACUUGCUGCAUAGCUUGUUUGACUGAAUGUGUAUCAAAUACACAGCUUUAAUCGAUAACAAUGUAAGCAUGAAUUGUAUAUAUUGGUAUGUGGUAUCGUUUUGCUUACUACUUGAAUUAUACUUCAAACUGCUUGUUUCUGUAUCUGUACAACAACAUUUGACAAUAAAUUUGUAUUUUUUUUGUA